AGCCUAUCCCCCUCGCUAUCCAUAGCGCCCGCUCACCCCAUCACCCCACGCCGAGGUAUGGCGCUCUCCAUCUCCUCCCUCGCCGCCGCCCUCUCCCACCUCUCUCUCCCCUCCACCUCCACCUCCAAGCCCCACCCGCCCCCUCUCCUCCGCCUCCACUCCACCUCACGCCGCGCCGCUCGCCUCGGGCUCCGCGCCUCCGCGGCCGAGCCGGCCGGGGCGGAGCUGCCAGCGGAGGAGGUGGUGGCUGUGGAGGAGGAGGAGGCGGAGGACGAGCUUUCAGGGUUGGCGCUGCGGAAGUACGUGAAGCAGCGUCUUCCUGGCGGGUUCGCGGCGCAGCGGAUCACCGCCACGGGCCGCCGCAAGACGGCCAUCGCCCGCGUCGUGCUCCAGGAGGGCACCGGCAAUGUCUUCAUCAACUUCCGGGACGCCAAGGAGUAUUUGCAGCGAAAUCCAAUUUGGAUGGAGUACUGCAAGAUCCCCUUGGCGACUCUAGGGUUUGAGAACAACUACGACGUCUUUGCCAAAGUUCAUGGGGGUGGUCUCUCAGGCCAGGCCCAGGCGGUUUGCCUCGGCAUCGCCCGCGCGUUGGUGAAGAUCAGCACUGCCAACAAGGUUCCUCUGAGGUCAGAAGGUUUGCUGACGAGAGACACCCGUAUUGUUGAAAGGAAGAAGGCUGGUCUCAGGAAGGCACGCAAGCGCCCUCAGUUCUCCAAGCGUUGAGGAUGCUCACUUGCUGUUGCAGAUGUUUCAAUACCAUCUUUGUCCACUGAGAAGGCCUUUUUGUGUUAUUUUCUGUGCAAAUUCUAUAAUGGACGCGACAUCUCUGCAGUAUUCUUUUCCUAAAAGUAAAUUUCUCGAGAUUGCUCUCCA